AUGGGUAGGCUCUCUUCCGAGGACACCGACUGGGUACAGGCCAUUAUGCUAGAUUGGAACCAUGCCGUGUACUUUGUCGAUCUGGCGCCAAAUCAGCACUCUCCAACAGGAUUGAAGACCAAGAUGAACAAGGCCAAGGAAGCCACUCCCUAUCUGACAUAUAUUGUAGAGCACUAUGAUAGUCUUCCAGAUAUUGCGGUCUUCCUUCAUGCUCAUCGGCAGAGCUGGCCAGAAGCAUGGCACAACGAUGCUAAAGGCUACGAUGCGGUGAACAUGCUGCAUGAGCUCAAGCUUGAUGUAGUACUGGAGCGAGGCUACGUCAAUUUGCGCUGCAUAGCCACUCCUGGUUGCCCGGAUGAGGUCCAAGUGAACCGCGACCCUUCAGAAGAGGAGCGAAGGGCUGAGCUUGCUUACCCAUACGUUUAUGGCAAAUUCUUCAAUCUCACCGUAGAUGAGGUCGAGCAGCAGAAUCCUGUGGUGGCAACCCCAUGUUGUGCUCAAUUUGCGGUUUCAAAGGCCCAGGUUCUCUCGAAGCCCAAGGCGGAGUAUGUGCGCUACUUGGCGUUGAUCGAAGAGUCUGACUACGACGACGACACACUGGGGACUGUUAUGGAAUACAUGUGGCACAUCCUUUUCGGACGGGAUGCAGUGCAUUGUGAACCCACCGCACAGUGCUGGGCGAAUAUCUAUGGCCGUGGAGAUGGCUGGAGCUCUUGGAGUUGA